UAUAGUGACAUACGUGACGUGAUUGAAAUGUUUAUAUGAAUUUACGAAAAUUGGUUGUUUCUGCUGUGACGUGUCAGGGGAUGCAUAUUUAAUUAAUUUGAUAUGUUGGAUUACGUAGUAGUGUUCACAAAAGGAGGUAUAAUCCUUUGGGAUUACAAUUCCUCUGAAAUAACUUACUCUGCCUUCAUAAAUAAUCUUAUUAGAAGUUUCAUACUUGAGGAUCGCAAUACGGAAUGUAAAUAUUUUGAAGAGGAUAAUUUAGCAGUACAAUAUAAACUUGAUAAUGAAUUGGAACUGGUAUAUGCGGCUGUUUUUCAAAAAGUUAUUAAAUUAAAUUAUUUAGAUGCAUUUCUUGGAGAACUGCAGCAGGAAUUCAGGAGAAAGUUUGCUGAUAUAUUAUCAUCUGAAGGAAGACUUCCUACACAAUACGAUUUUAGUGCAGAAUUUCGAAAAACGUUGACAGCUGUGGAAAAGUCGGCAAGUAAAGUUAGCAAUGCACCGAAACAAAUGCGCUCUUACAAUGAAUCCACAAAGUCAAAAAAAAAUGUUGCGUCGAUGUAUGAUGAUAAUAAUAAAAAUGAAAUUGUAAAAAAAGUGGUCAUACAGGAAACAUCUAAACCCAAAGACAUUAAUUUAACAACAGAAAAUUUAAUUUUGGAAAACCGCAAGAGAUUGAAGGAAAAAAUGGCUGCCAAAAAAAGUCCUACAGAACCAAAAUCAAAAGCAAAUGCAUCAGAAAAAGCUGGCAAAAAACCAAGAGUAUGGGAUUUAGGAGGUAGUUCAAAGGAUGCGGUAAUAUUGGAUAGAUCAAAAGAUCAGCACCAGGAUGUUCAAUAUCAAAAAGUACAAAAUAACAUUGUUGGUACAAUGCAGGGUCGCAUUCAAGACCUAGAGGUUGAAAGCGAUGAUGAAUCAGUAGAACUUGACGAAACAAAGAGUGGUAAUCCAAAUAGCGGUACGAAAACUAGCGGCAUUUUGUCUUAUUUUAAAGGGAUCGUUGGCUCUAAAACUUUGUCAAGAGUGGAACUGCAGCCAGCACUUGAGAAAAUGAAAGAUCAUCUGAUAUCGAAAAACGUUGCGGCUGACAUUGCUUACAAGUUGUGCGAUUCUGUAGCUACUAAUUUGGAGGGCAAAUCACUGGGUACAUUUGAUUCAAUUGCUUCAUUGGUGAAAAACUCCUUAAAUACUUCAUUGGUACGUAUAUUGUCACCUAAGAGGAGAAUAGACAUUAUACGAGAUGCUCUGGAAGCAAAAAAUAACGGCAGACCAUAUACAAUAGCAUUUUGUGGCGUUAAUGGAGUAGGAAAAUCAACAAAUUUGGCCAAAAUUUGUUUUUGGCUAAUUGAAAACGAUUUUAGUGUUCUAAUUGCUGCCUGCGAUACAUUCCGAGCUGGCGCUGUGGAACAACUUAGGACACAUACUCGCCAUUUGAAUGCUUUACACCCUCCAGAAAGACAUAACAAUCGAACCAUGGUUCAACUGUAUGAGAAAGGUUAUGGGAAAGAUGCUGCGGGAAUUGCAAUGGAAGCUAUUAAAUAUGCCAAUGACACAACCAUUGAUAUUGUUUUGAUCGAUACAGCCGGUCGCAUGCAAGACAAUGAGCCCCUUAUGAGAUCAUUAUCGAAAUUAAUUAAAAUAAACGAUCCCGAUUUGGUAUUAUUUGUUGGCGAAGCGCUUGUAGGGAAUGAAGCUGUUGACCAACUUGUUAAAUUUAAUCAAUCUCUCGCAGAUUACUCUUCAAAUGAAAAUCCUCAUAUAAUAGAUGGAAUUGUGCUUACAAAAUUCGAUACAAUAGAUGAUAAAGUGGGGGCUGCUAUUUCCAUGACCUAUAUUACCGGUCAGCCGAUUGUAUUUGUUGGAACCGGACAGACUUAUUCAGAUCUUAAAGCUCUAAACGUUAACGCCGUGGUACAUGCAUUAAUGAAAUAAAUUAUUUACUUAAUUCCCCUCCAUUAAUGGCAAUUCGUUAUUUUUCUUAAUUAUGCCAUACUAUUAGACCAGGUAUAACAUGAUGUUAAUUUAUACACCAAUAAAGAAAAAAAUAUUUUCAUAUA